GUCUUGCUUAUUUUGAUCACACCAUCUCAGAACCUUCUUGUGCCAAUGAGUUCUGCGAUUGGUCCGCUGUCGACGGCCAUUCCCAGCGCCGGCUCCCCACCACCUCAACCAUCUCAACCACCAUCAUCAUUACCAUCAUCACCAUGGUCAUUGAACCCUGGUGUCGGUGCUCCGGCGUCGUUGUCGUCCUCCCAGUCAACCUCGAGCAGCACUCCUGUCGAGCUGCUUGGCUUUAUGCACAAGAAGGGCCACGUCCGCCACAACUGGAAGCGACGCUGGUUUACGCUGCGCAACUCUGAGCUGCGGUACUUCAAGUCGAGCCGCCAUGAGACUGCCGUGGCCGUCGUUCCCUUGGCAGGCGCGCUCGGCGUCGCCCGCAUCCAGCACAGCCGGCCGUUCGUCUUCCGGCUCGUCCUCCAGGGCAACUUUUGCUACCUGUUCCAUGCGUACUCGGAGGAGGACAUGAACACUUGGAUCAAUGCGCUUCAAGCUGCCAUCCAGGUCGCUUCGAAUCAACAGUCCGUGGCGGCGGGAGCAUCAGCUACACCGGCGGUGGCUUCACCAACGUCCAAAUCGAACGCCGGAGACUCUACCUCGAAUCCGUCGAUUGUCUCGGAAGACUGCGAGUCAUUCAUGGAAAUCGAAGACACGGACGACGAAGUGUAUGAUUCCGGAGACGAUACUCACUCGUCGGAUAGCGGUGAAGACGAGGACAUCGAGCCGCUGCCGGGUGAUCUUCGUGCCGCUGCUGCUGCUGCUGCUGCGUCAACUACCACCAAGCCUCGGGCUCGCACCGUCAUUGGCUCGAGCAGCGUCGAUGCUGCUGCUGCGGUCGGCAGUAGUCAUGCCGUGUUCGCCGCGCCAGGCUCCUCGCCUUCUUCCUCCGCCCUGUCAAAUCGUCCGCGCAGUACUGCCGCCCCGAUCGUCUCGUCAGUAGCAGCCUCCUCCACACAGACUUCACGUUCCAGCCCUCUUGGCAUAUCCAAGCUCAGCGGUAGCUACGGCGCCUUGACCUUCGCUGGUGUUGCUGCUGUUGUGGGCUCUGGCAACAGCCCACUCAAGUGCGGGUUUCUGGUCAAGAAGGGUCACAUCCGACACAAUUGGAAGAUGCGAUGGUUUGUUUUGCACAACAGUCGGCUCGAGUAUUAUCAAACACCCACGGACACUGAGCCGGUCAAUGUCAUCCCUCUCGAUGGUUGCCGUGUCGAUACCCAUCCGUACGACAAGCGCAAGCGACGUUACAUUUUCUGCCUCACAACGGCCGCGGGGCUCGAGUACCGUUUCCACGCAUCCAACCGCGACGAAAUGAUGGCAUGGACGCAAGCGAUCGACCGUGCCAUCUCCAACUUUUGGCCCUCGCAACAACAAGCGCGCCCCGCUUCCAAAGCCGAGGAAAUUAUCAUUGCCAUGAAAGACCACGAAGCUGGCAUCAAACUGAGCGAUAAAACGGUCCGACUCAAGACCCAUCGAAAUUGCUUUUCGGGAGCGGAUGCUGUCGCGUGGCUGCUGUCUUGGAAUUUUGCCGCCAGUCGCGAGCAAGCCACACAAGUCGCUCAAAAGCUGCUGGCCGAGUCGUGGAUUAGCAGCACGUCAAGAAAAGUGACUGAAUUUGUUGAUGGACCUGGUUUGUAUCGGUUUGUGGACAAGACUUCGACGUCGACGGAUGCGUUGGCCAGUCUGCAUCUGGAUAGCGACGAUGACGACGAUUUACCAGCGGAUGCUAAUCAGCCGCCAACUGAGCAAGCUACGCUGCCUGCGCCCGCACGCCCCAUUGUUGUGGCUGCGACUGUGGAUGCUGCGAGCAUUGACGCUCGCAAAGUAGGCUUUCUUCUCAAAAAGGGCCAUCUCCGGCACAACUGGAAGACACGCUGGUUUGUGCUGCACAAGACCAAGCCAAUGCUAGAGUACUUUAGCAGUCCAAAGGACAUCGAACCCAUCGGAGCCAUUCUACUCUAUCGAUGUCAAAUUGGCGCAUGCGAAAGCAAAAAGCGACCAUUCGUCUUCCGGCUGGUCUCCCACGAAGGCGUCCCGUACUACCUGCAUGCGCCCUCGCAGCUCGACAUGGAGCAGUGGAUUUCCGCUAUCGCCGCUGCGGCUGCAGACGCUACGGCUGCAUCCUUGGCUCUGGUCACUAAACGCAGCAAUGAGGACUAGAAUUGUGUGUUCAACAGAACGGUUAAAUUGAUGAUAACUUUAUUUUGUGAAAGUAUGGCAUAUAGAAUGUUAUAAUGAUUGUCAUGAUUUAAACCUGA